GCCGAUGAUUGCCGAGCGCACAUUACUAUUUUCAGGCACAAGAAGGCACCUCUUGACGGGUUUUCGAUAAGCGAAGGGCAGCGGUGCUCGCGAGUUUUUUCUUUUUUAAUUUUGGACCCUACGCGACGGCAGAUGCCGAAAUUCUAGUGGCAGCGAGUGUGCGCGCGCGCGGUUAUCGCGGACAAUGCUGGAGCGCGUCUCGGCAGGUCUUGCCUGACGGUUGUGCGGUGCGAAGAUGAAAGAAGCUCGUCGGGCCGAGCAGCUGAUGGCGGCCGAGUGCUGUUGGAGCCCCCGUGUCUCGCGAGUCUCCCGUUGCCGCGUCCGCGUCGAGUGAGCGCACCCGAGACGACCGUGCGUGCACCCCCAGCCGGCCGGUGCCUCAACGAGCGGCCAUCCGAGCCACCCUCGAGCCACGUUCCGGCCGACCCAGGCGGCUGCCUAACGGUGCUCGACUCGAAAGCGAGCGCCGAGCCUCCGCCGGCCACCGAUCGUCGGCGCGACCCGACGCGCUAGCUAGGCCCGACCCGAGCAAAACCCGGGACGCCCGCCACCGCCCCGAGUCGGCCCCGAGUCCGACCUAGGUGUGCUGCUCCAGAGACCGCGGCGGCCCGGCUGCGCCCUGGACCCCCGGGAGCGUCCUGCCCAGGUCGCCGACGCGGAACUGUUCGGACUCGGCGGUUCCGCCUCCUAGACCGCCAUCGUCCUCCUAGAGCCUUCGGGUCCUGCAACGGAACAGUAGGUUAUCGACUGGACUACUCCCGGUGGUUCCGUCGGUGCAGUGCCUCGUCCUUGUGAGUGCAGUGAGCUCCUCGUCGUCGCAGCCUCCCUCGGCUUCGCGGAAUGCUGCCUCGUUCGAGUGGGCGCAGUCUCCUCUAGCCACGCCGACCGCUGCUACGACGCAGCCCAGGAACGAACGCAGUCCCACGGCUCCUGCGGCUCCCUCCAGCUCCCGAGGUGUCUCUGCCAGCUCCAACAUGUCAUCCGCGACCUUUGUCGACCGAAUAGAUCCGUUCGCCAAGCGAUCCCUCAAAAAGAAGUCCAAAAAGUCGCAAGGUUCGUCUCGCUAUCGCAGCUCGCAAGAUGUGGAGCUCCAGCAGUUGCCGCAGCUCAAAGAUGUCACGCCAUCGGAGCAGGAGGAGCUGUUCAUCAGGAAGCUGCGGCAGUGCUGCGUGACUUUCGACUUCAUGGACCCUGUAGCUGAUCUUAAGUGCAAGGAAAUCAAACGCAGCACCCUCAAUGAAUUGGUCGAUCACAUCACAGUGGGCCGAGGGGUGCUCACCGAACCCGUAUAUGCCGAGAUCAUUAAGAUGAUUUCGGCGAACCUAUUUCGCACGUUGCCGCCCAGCGAAAAUCCGGACUUCGACCCCGAGGAGGACGACCCGACCCUGGAGGCGAGCUGGCCCCACCUUCAGUUGGUUUACGAGUUCUUUCUACGCUUUCUCGAGUCCUCGGACUUCCAGCCUGCCAUCGGUAAAAAGGUUAUUGACCAAAAAUUCGUUUUACAGUUGUUGGACUUGUUCGAUUCGGAAGACCCUAGAGAAAGAGACUUCCUGAAAACCGUUUUACAUCGUAUCUACGGAAAGUUCCUCGGCCUUCGAGCCUUCAUACGCAAACAGAUCAACAACAUCUUCCUUAGGUUCGUGUAUGAGACGGAACACUUCAACGGGGUUGGCGAACUCUUGGAGAUAUUGGGCAGCAUUAUCAACGGGUUCGCUCUGCCCCUUAAGGUCGAACACAAGCAAUUCUUGGUCAAGGUGCUGCUCCCGCUCCACAAAGUAAAGUGCUUGUCGCUAUACCACGCGCAGCUCGCUUAUUGCGUGGUGCAAUUUCUGGAGAAGGACAAUACUCUGACGGAGGCAGUUAUAAAGGGCCUCCUUAAGUACUGGCCUAAGACUUGUAGCCAGAAGGAGGUUAUGUUCCUUGGGGAAAUCGAGGAGAUACUGGAUGUCGUAGAACCUAACCAAUUUGUUAAAAUACAGGAACCCGUGUUCAGGCAACUCGCGCGUUGCGUGUCGUCACCCCACUUCCAGGUCGCAGAAAGAGCGUUGUUCUUCUGGAACAACGAGUACGUAAUGUCGCUGGUGGAGGAGAACAACCACGUAAUAAUGGGGAUCAUGUUCCCCGCCCUGUACAGAAUCAGCAAAGAGCACUGGAACGCCACGAUCAUAGCCCUUGUCUAUAACGUUUUAAAGACCUUCAUGGAGAUGAACAGCAAGCUUUUCGACGAGCUCACCGCGAGCUACAAGUCCGAGAGGCAAAAAGAAAAGAAGAAGGAGAAGGAAAGGGACGAACUGUGGAAGAGACUGAACGAGCUGGAGCUAGAGCGACGUGGGGCUCUCACAGCCGCCUCUAAUACUCCAGUUCCUGCCAUUACAGCACCCCCGACACGAGCCCGCCCCUGAGCUGGUGGAACGACGUUACCACCAAGCUGCCCACUUGUUAGUCCUUAGUUUACGUCGAUUGUCCAUACACUACAAGG